CAUCAAGUAGUGUGAUGAAUUUUAGUCCUAGUUUUGCAUAUGUCUGCACCAAAUUAAAUUCGGAAAAAAAAGCGGUGUGUCAAUGAUUUUACUACUCCAUAUGAUGAUGCAUGUGUACAAAUACCUAUCAUUAUGGACAAGUUUUUGGCAAACUUUCAAAACUUUGACUAAUCAAUAUAUUUUCGAAUAAUCAUAUCAGAUAAAUAAAAAUUAUACACGUGAAUUUGUACUAAAAAAGUUCUACUGUAAUAAUAAAUUUUAAUGGAUUUUACAAUUGCUUACAACAUAUAGAAAUUAGUAGUCAAAGUUGCAGUUGUUGGAAAACUAUUAUGUCGAUGUCCAAAAUGCAGAUAUUACUAGCUAGAGGGAUACAAUGUUGAUCAUGGUUCAUGUUAAAAUAGUACAAUAUAUAUACAUUUCAUCAGUCCUACUCUUUAGAUAUGUAGGUGCAGCAUGCAGAAAGCUAGCGAUAUAACUCUUAAAAUCUAGUGUUACCUACAAAUAUUAUUGAACUUAAAAUUAUGCAUAGGUUAUCUUUGCUGACUUAAAUUGAAAGUUUCAGUGCAAUGAGUUGAUAAAUGCAUAUACAUAUGGACUAGUAUUACAGGUACCAAGUUCCCAUUCCUAUGCUCUCUCAUUAUAUAUACAUUACGGUAUACAUACUUAUUGUUUCACACAAUUGUGUAAUAUCAUCAAAAGAUUCUGUUCUUCAAAAGUACCAAUCGAAAGGUCAAAUUAAUCAUUAUAUAUACCCCCAAAUACAUACCACACUCAUAUUCUUUUGUUUUCAUGUGUUGCAACAUUUUUUUUUCUCAAAUUUCUCCAUGUGAAAAGAGAACAUAAAACCACACUAGCUGGCGGUGAUGGUGGUCUUCAAUAUGCGUUGAAAAUCAUUGCAUGUACAACAUAAAGUGAUCAUAUUUGAAAAUGGCAUGAUUAAAUUUGUACGAAUGAAAUUUAGUGAUCAAUGUGGCAUCUUAUAAUGUCUUUAAUGAGCCAAAAAUAUCACACCGUUUUGGUUGAGGGGGAUAUUCUACAAGUUAUCUUCAACAUCACAAUUUCACACAAGCACAUAAUGCACGCCUUAUUUGUGUGUUAGUUGAUUUGGGUUGAAGCAAGCCAAUAAUAGAUGUCAUAAUUAACAAAUAAAAUAUGUAAUUAAGUAUACGACAUAAUCACACCGGAUGAUCCUCUCAAUCUCCAUCCAAAGCGUGUAGGAAUCUUCAUGGAAAGAUCCUACUCCUACACACUUCAUAUGAUGAGGGGGCUUUGCUGUCCCCUCAGGACCGGAUCGGCUUCGAUCGGAUGCAAAGCUACACAAAUCCCAAAUUGUACUAUUCAAAUCAGACCUUUUCAGUUCAUCAUCGCAUGCAUAUGUCGCGCUCCACAUAUUAUAUGCAAUCUGACGAUCUUUGAGUGAUAAAAGAAUUAGGCUGUGCCUUCUUGCAACUUGCAAGUUGCAAUGCUUAUUACCAACUGGUAUAUACUACUAGUAUUAUAUAUAUAUAUAUGGCUUACCCUCCUGCCAAAAGCGUCCCUUUAGCUCUCUCUACCUCUAAACUCUUAUCUCUCCACAUACGUACGUAUAGAGACGAAUUAGAGAGAUAGACAUGAUACUCCCUCAUUUCAUAUUAUAAAUUGUUUGACUUUCCUUAAAUUAAAAUUCUUUAGAUUUAACCAAAUUUAUAAAAAAACAUCUACAACAGCAAAUUAGUUUUAUUAAAUCUAACAUUAAACAUAUUUUGAUAAUAUGUUUAAGUGUAUUUUUCUAUAAAUUUAAUCACACUUAAAAAAAAUCAAACAACUUAUAAUACGAAACGGAUGAAGUAUUUAAUACGUGUAUGUACUACCCACUAGGCAUACAAGAGGCAGAGGCUGCAUGCAGGCAUGCACGUUAUGUUAUAUGGCCACAUCAAGUUGGAUAUAUUGAACUGCAAAUCUCCCACCUGCCAAAAAGGCUUUACUUUGGGAGUUAGCGCUAGAUUGAUCACUGCUCUCAUCGGCCCCUGUAAGUUGCACAGUGCCUGCAUUAUUCCCGUAGUACAACGUAUACCAAAUCACUGUACGUCGUACUAGGUGUAGUUGGAGGAAUGCAACCAAGUUGGAGUUGUUCAAGCCAUUGGAAGCGCUAGUUGAUCAAUGCGUAUAUAAUAUUAUCAAAAGUAUGUGCAGACCCGAUCAUUUUCGAAUGUCCAUAUGCAUAUAUAUGUAGUAGCCAAAUGGAUCAACCAAAUGAUAUAAAAUAUAAUAUAUGUCAUUAUGUAAAUAGAUUGUACAUGCAAGUGUUAUACUUUGUUUUCUUUCAUUAAAAGCUGCAUUUCCAUAUUAUUUUUUUCCCAUAUGCAGCUUACAAGUUUCUUAUCUGUAGUCCUAUUUUUUCCCGAGAAAUUAAUCUAAAGUCCAUUCUGACACUGAAGGUUUAUAAACCUCACAUUUAUUGUGGGAUAUUCUCACAUUUUUUGGAAUACAAUUAUAUCUUCAUUGAAAUACAUAUAUAAAACACCGAUUUCAAAGGCUUGACCCCAUAGGUUUUGAGAUCGAGUAGCUAUUCGCCAGUUAUAUAUAUAGUGGGGAGUUACCUUUGAACCGUGCUCGAUACCGUUUGUAAUAUAAUGGUACAGAAAUAGCCAGUAGUAUUAUCAUUCACACUUCCAAGUGUAUAAAAGUAUUUGUAAACUAUUCAGAAUAGUUUAAGCACGCGACAAUCAUCCGCGCCUUUCUCGAUCGCGAUGGAACAUGAGCACCGGCUAGCGGCCGGCGGCCGGCGGCUGGCGGCUGGCGGCUGGCGAGGGAUCGUGAGCGAUCCAGAUGGGGAUCGAUAUGUUCGGGACCCGGGAGAGCGUGUCUGUUAUGCCGAGGCGGACCGGUUUGGGCUUGUGCUCGUUGUGGCCCGGUGUCACGGCCCGUGGCAACUCGCAUAUCUUGGUUCAAAGCCCAAUAAUAUUUGCUACAACAUGGGCUCCUCUCAUCAGAGUAUAAAGUCUAAGAACCUUGGUCCGGUCCGUGAAAGUCGCAGGCUCUAUUGGUUUCUCCUCUGUACAUACAGUAGUAGUCCUGUAGUUGGCGCGAAGCCGUGAAACACAACGCCGUUCACGAGUCACAAAUCAUCACAACGUCUAUAUUUGAAAUAGGUCGUCACGUUUCUCCAGUGCUCUCCCCGCGCGCGCAAACAAGCACAGCCGCUAGAGAAUUAGAAGCUUGCGACCGGGAUGGUCACCAUGGAACUAGAGAAGGUGACGGGCGGCGCGCACCACGCCAUCCUCCGCGACGCACAUCGUCCGUCCCACCACGAUGUGGCCUCUCCUCCUCCGCGCCGCCGUCGUCUACGCGGCGCUGCUCGCCGCCGGCGAGGCGGACGGCUCCCACGAUGUCCUCGACAUCUUCGGCACGCGCUCCGAGAGCGACUACUACCGUAACGCGUUCCAGGGGAAGCAGGGGCAGGCGGUGCCGCUGCCGCGUGGAGGCGGCCUCCGCCGCGAGCAGCAGGAGCUCGGCGCCGCGGGCCCGGGCGGUAGCGGGCUCUCGAAGGCGCCGCCUCGGUCCGCGCCCAGCAAGGUGGCUCUGGACAGCCUGAAGCUCCCCGUGGACACCUCCGCGGGCUUCGCUGGCGGGUGGAACCUGGUGAGCGAGAACUCCGGCGUGUCCGCCAUGCACCUGGUGGUCAUGCAGCACGGCAAGGCCAUAAUGUUCGACACGUGCACGACGGGACGUUCGCUGAUGCGGCUGCCCCCGGGCAGAUGCCGCCCUGACCCCCGGAGCAAGCAGCCCGGCGCCAUGGACUGCUGGGCGCACGCCGUGGAGUUCGACUACAACACCGGCGCGCUCCGCUCUCUCAAGAUCGUGACGGACACGUGGUGCUCGUCGGGGGCGUUCGACGCCGACGGCAACAUGGUGCAGACCGGCGGCUUCUUCGAAGGGGACAAGUCUGUCAGGUACCUGAGCGCAUGCGGCACCUGCGACUGGAAGGAGUUUCCCAAGAGCCUUGCCGACGGAAGAUGGUACGGGACGCAGCUGGUGCUCCCGGACGGCAGUUUCAUCGUGAUCGGCGGCCGACGCGCGUUCAGCUACGAGUUCGUCCCGGCGGCCGGCCGGGCAAACGCCAGGGCCACGCCUUUGCGUCUGCUCCGGGACACCACCGACGACGUGGAGAACAACCUGUACCCCUUCGUCAACCUCCUCCCGGACGGGACCCUCUUCAUCUUCGCCAACGACCGCUCCAUCGUGUUCAACUACAGGACCGGGCAGGUCGUACGCGAGCUUCCGAUCCUCCCCGGCGGCUCCCGGAACUACCCUGCCUCCGCCAUGUCGACGCUUCUGCCCCUGGACCUCCGCAAAGGGGCCGGCCUUAGCGCGGAGGUCAUCAUCUGCGGCGGCGCCACCAAGAAUGCCUUCAAGCUCGGGGAGACCAGCACGUUCCCUCCCGCGCUCCGGGACUGCGCGCGCAUCAACCCGUCGAAACCCGGGGCGCGGUGGGCGCUCGACCAGAUGCCCUCGGGCCGCGUCAUGGGCGACGUGCUGAUCCUGCCCACCGGCGACCUGCUCAUGCUGAACGGCGCCGCCAAGGGCUGCUCCGGCUGGGGGUUCGGCCGGCAGGCGUUGCUGAGCCCUGUGCUGUACUCGCCGUAUCUGCGGCGGGGCAAGCGGUUCCGCGUUCUGAACCCGUCGAACAUCCCACGGAUGUACCACUCCACCAGCGCGCUUCUCCCCGACGCCACCGUGCUCGUGGCCGGCAGCAACACCAACUCGGCCUACAACUUCAGCGGCGUGGACUUCCCGACCGAGGUGCGCGUCGAGCGGUUCACCCCGCCGUACCUCAGCCCGCAGCUGUCCCCCAACCGGCCGGCGAUCGACGCGGCGUCCGUCCCCGGCGACGGCAUGCGGUACGGCGCCAGGUUCACGUUCCGGUUCACGACGCCCGCGCAGGGCGUGGGGCAGGGCGACUUCAAGGUGACCAUGUACGCGCCGCCGUUCACGACGCAUGGGUACUCCAUGAACCAGCGGCUGCUGAUACUGCCCGUCACGGCGUUCGCCGCGCAGGGGCAGCGGCACACGGUCACCGUCGACGCGCCGCCCAAGCCGGAGCUCGCGCCGCCGGGUUACUACAUGGUGUACGUGGUGGCGAAGGGGGUGCCGAGCAAGGCUGCGUGGGUGAAGAUGCACAAGUAAAAAAGAGCAUACGUGAACCCCGCGCGCGUGGUGCUUUGCAUGUCAACGGGAAACUAUUAACUCCUGAGGAUGUUCCCUCAUUAUUUACGUGUCAUUUAAAUUAUUUAAAAAAAUAAAAAAUAUAUUAAUA